AUGCAGUCAGAAGCACCCCUGUCUUCGCUGAGACCUAUUAAUUUUAACACAAUUCACAAGCUAAGACGUAGAGUUAAAAUUGGUUCAGUGUCGGUUUUCAACAACAAGUAUUGUAAUGCAAUUUCAAAUGCGAUAGGUAGAGGCCAUAAUGGUAAAGAUAAAAAUAAAGAUGACGAGAAGGAAGACGAGAAAAACGAAGCUGAAGCUGAAGGGGAAGACAAAGAUGAAGAGGAAGAUGAUUUCUACGAUCAGGAUGAAAGAAAACCUUUCGCAAGAUCCAGCACACCUGAAUAUCUACUUUCUCAAAAAGUUAAAAAUACCUACAAAAAUGGUAGGCUUAGGGAUAGCAAGUCAAUCACACCAAAUGAUUCAAAUAUAUCACUGUUGUCUGAAGCUAAUACCCUUGUAGGUAGUAGUACCGUUGUUAAUGAAAAUAACAGUGAUGAAAAUAAUGGCGGUAGAUUAAGCUGGAGUCUUAAUUCAUCAUCAUCAUCACCAACGGUUCAUUCCAGCUCCAUUACUAGUGGUGGUGAACUUUGCAGUACCGACGUCAAGACAUAUAUCAGAAACUUUAACCAUUCAGCUGCUUACCAAUUGGGUCAUAAAUGUCAUUUACACUAUUACCAAUUGCCAUUUCCCUACCGUGAAAACAAAUAUAUCAUUCACGGUUACAGAUUUUAUGCGUCUCAUAAAAAAUCAUUUCUAUCAAUUAUAAAUUGGUACGGCUGGCACAAUGAGACCUCCAAUAUCUGGACCCAUCUUUUAGGUGGGCUUUAUUUGAUUUAUUUGGCUUUUUACCAUUUCCCACACUCAAACAUUUGGUUGUCCGAUAGAGUUCCAAAACCUGCCAAAUGUAUUGUUGCUGUUUUCUUGGCAGCCGCUAUCAAAUGUAUGUUUGCAUCAGUGUUUUGGCACACAUUUAAUGGUACCCACCUGUUAAGGCUACGUUCUAAAUUUGCCUGUGUUGAUUACACUGGUAUCACAAUUUUGAUUACCGCAUCAAUUCUAACUGUGGAGUUUGUUACAAUGUAUGAUUACAAAAUUUCACUUUUGUUCUACAUGAUAUGCUCGCUGGCUCUAGGUAUCAUUGGUGUGUCUAUGAACUGGUCACCAAAAUUCGAUAGACCUGAAGCAAGACCGUUAAGAAUUAAAUUUUUUAUCCUUUUGGCGACAGUUGGUUGUUCUUCUUUUAUUCGACUAGUUUUUCUAACCAAUUGGAGAUAUGCAGCCGAUUUGCUAACACCUUUGACGAAUAAAUCUGUUGUUUGGUAUCUAAUUGGUGUUUUCUUUUACGGUUCUUUUAUCCCCGAAAGAUUCAGGACUGAUAUUUUAACAGAUAAGUCAAUUCCAACUGAAAAGCAACUAUCGACAGAUUUGGAUAUCGUUACAAAACACAGAGAUAUCCAUUUUAGAGAAAAGCCAACCAUACAUCCAAGAUCUCAAUGUUGUCAACAUCAUGCAGGCUCAUUUAAAUCUCUAUGGUGGGUUGAUUAUGUGGGUUGUUCUCACACUCUUUGGCAUUUCUUCGUUUUACUAGGUGUUAUAGGUCAUUACAACGCUAUUAUGGAUAUGUUCACUAAGAGAUGGAUACUUUGA